GUAUUAAUUUAAUCAUUCUCUCUCCUCUCUCUCUCCCCCCUGUUUCUGAGCAGCAUCCUGUAUUCUCUUGUCUUGAGAGAGAGAGAGAGUUAAAUCCACCAUGACAUAUAUUCCUCUCCGAAUUCCCUAAACCGGCAAACUCUCCAUUUCUCCAUUCAAACACAUUAGUUUUUGCUUCAUUCCUUUUCUAGAUUAACUACUGAUUCUCAGAUUAGAGCAUUUCUUGAAGUGGAUUGCUGAUUUCAAUAGAUUGUUGUUUAGGUUUCCUGGGAAGAAAUUGGAGUUGAUUAUCUGAAUUGAAUUUUUCCUUGAUUUUUCUUUGUUGAGUCAGAACUGAUUGGAAAGAGGGGGGAAAAGGAAAGAAAAAGGCACCAAACUUUACCCUUCCCUUGAAGAACAAUCCAGUAUUAGGUUUGUGGGAGCCAUCAAAAUCGAACCUUUGACUAAGAAAAGGAGUAAUCUCUCUAAUUUGGGAGAAGGGUUUUGUGGGAAAAUUGAAUCUUUUUUCCAGUUCUCCACCAUGACCAGGAAUCUGAUGUCUCUGGAUAAAUGGAGAGAUUAUUUCACCACCGCGAAUUCCGAUAUAUUCAGCGUAAUUGAGCAUGCAAUCAUGGUUGCCGCUUCUGAUUUCCCUUUUGAUUUCAAGUUGAAGAGGGAUCGGAUUGCUGAGAUGCUCUUCACAUGUACACUGACGGCAAAGUGCAUAGGCUGCAACAACGCUGAGCUCUGUGUUGCGUUUGAUGAUUGUGUGAAGGAAAUUGUUGUUGAUGGUAAAGAUUCAAAGGGGAGCAAAGUGAGCAGCAACAGUAGAAGUGGAGUAGAAGUUGGUGAUGAUGAUCACACAGGGGUGAUGGAGGUGAAUGCCGAUAAUCAGGCUCGUGAUCAAGAAUAUGCUGAUGUUGAAGCACUCACUGCUGAGAUUGAGGAGGAAACUCAGUUUCUUGAAGAGGUUGCUAGGAUCAAAGAGGUUAUUGAUGAGAGGGAAGGAAAGUCUGAAGAGGUGCUGUUUGAAUCACUGAGGCGGCUGCAGUUGAUGCCGUUGUCUGUGGAGAUCCUAAAGACAACAGAGAUUGGGAAAUCUGUUAAUGCUCUGCGUAAGCAUGGAUCAAAGGAGAUUCGGAAUCUUGUUAGGCGACUAGUUGAGGACUGGAAACUCAUGGUUGACGAGUGGGUUAGUGCUAUGACAGCCAUUGCAGGUGCGAAUACUACUGAGACUGGAAAAACAUCUGGCGUUGAAGAAGAGGAAGAGGAAGAAGAAGGGCUUCCGUCUCCUCCUCUAGACGAAGGAGCUUUCUUUGCGGCUCCAACAUCAAUGGAGUGGUCGCAGUUCUUUGAUGGCAUGGAUGAUGAUGGAAAUCUUCAAAACUGUGGGGAAUUCAACAAGAACCAGAAAAAUGGCAGAACACGAACUGACAUUCCCACAAGGAAAUCUGAGAGUCCAAACGAUUCGAGAGUUCCUCCCAAGGACUUGAAGGCUGGAAACCGGAGGAAUCAAGAAUCUAUGACGAAAAAACAAUCUCCUCCCUUGAAACCGAACACACCAGCCAGGCCGAAGCCUCCCAGCAAUGAGAUGGGCACCAGGAGACCUAAUCCAGUCGCGCAACCAAAUGGAAACUAUGUCUUCAAGGCCCAGCAACACGGCACAAUUCCAAAGAAACCACCUACUCAACAACAAGAGAAGUUGAAUCGUGUCAACGGGGCUUCACAUCAGAUGAAACUGGAGGAUGCUAAGAGGAAGCUUCACGAGCGCUAUCAAGAAGCCGAAAAAGCCAAGAAGCAGAGAACGAUACAAGUAGUCGAGCUGCGUGACCUCCCGAAGCAGAGUCUUGGCCGAGGGAACCAGAAUACAAGGCAGGGCAACCAAAACAGGCAAUGGGCACUGGGCCGGUGGUAACUGUCAUAAUCCCCUAACCAUAGUUCUAAUAAUCUCGAGUUCCCUUCCCACCUAAACCAUGGUGAGCGGAGUGGAGUGGAGUGGAGUCGCUAACCUCCCGGUUACUCUAGGGGAAACGAGACUCCCCGAGCGAUAUAGAUCUAUGUAGGAUAGAAAUAUUGCAGUUGAUCAUUUUUACAAAUGCAUAAAGCAAUGUGAUUGCUAUGCAACAUUAAACUAUGGCCUCCUUUUAGAUACUACAAUUUUUUGUUUGUAAAGAAUUGGGAGGGAUUUUUUAGCGCAUAAAUGAAGUACAUUGGACUAUUACAUUGA